AUGGAAAAUAUUCCUUAUGCAUCUGUUAUUGGAAGCUUGAUGUAUGCUCAAACCUGUACGAUACCGGACAUUAGUUUUGCAAUUGGAAUGCUCGGGAGAUACCAAAGUAAUCUCGGGAUGGAGCAUUGGAAAGCUGCAAAGAAGGUUUUAAGAUACCUGAAAGGAACAAGACACUAUAUGCUCACAUAUCGAAAAUCUGACCAGUUGGAGGUGAUUGGUUACUCUGACUCAAAUUCUGCUUGUUGUGUUGAUAGUCUGAAGUCAACUUUUGGUUACUUGUUCCUAUUAGCUGGAGGAGCAAUAUCAUAG